AUGGCGCCGUUCGAUUCGAUCGAAACGGUGCGCGCCACCAUUGCCCGCGAGUUGAAGUGCCAGCUCGAAGAGGUGUUUUCCGAGUUUGACGAAGUGCCCGUGGCCGCAGCGUCGCUGGCCCAGGUUCACCGCGCCGUCGAGCGCCAGUCAGGCAAGGUUGUCGCCGUCAAGGUGCAGCACCCUCACCUCGAUCACGACUUUGCCAGCGACAUCUGGUCGAUGCGACAGGUUGCUGCGCUCACCGCCUUCUUUUUCGACGGCGUGCAGCUGAGCUGGAUUGUGGACGAGCUCGAAAAGGCCCUGACGCAGGAGCUCGACUUUUUGCACGAAGGACGCAACGCCGAGCGCGUCGCGGCCAACUUUGAAAAGCGCCACGAAACGGUCAAAGUGCCCGGAAUUCUAUGGCACCUGACGUCCCGUCGCAUCCUGUCGAUGGAGUUUGUCUCUGGUGUCAAGGUGAAUGAUCGUCAAGCCCUGCUCGCCGCGGGACUCGACCCCGCCAUCGUCUCGCGCUACCUGGCCGAGACCUUUGGCGAAAUGAUCUUUGUUCACUCGUACGUCCACUGCGACUUGCAUCCCGGCAACGUGCUUGUGCGCUGGUGGCCGCCGCUUCCUGGCGACGAUGCUCUCAUGCAAGACGCCAGUCUCAAAAGCGCUCAAGCGCGUGCCACCGCAAAGGCCGCGUCAGCAGCCAAGAGAGUGUGGAAUGCCGUCGCUGACUGGGCCUGGCACUACUGGCCACUGCGCACGCUGUCGCCGUUCGAACUGGAGGAGCAGCGGCAUCGCAAGGCCGGCUCCAAGCUGCAGCUUGUCCUGCUCGACCACGGCCUGUAUCGAGAGCUGGACAAUGACUUUCGACUCAACUAUUGCAAGCUUUGGAAGGCACUCGUUACAGUCGACGACCGCUUGCUCAAAGAGGCGAGUACCGCUCUCGGUGCGGGCGAGUACGCCAACUUUUUCCCGUUGAUUUUCACCUUCCGUGCCUGGUCAAGCAAGGGCGUCGUCGGCCAAUCCAUGAGUGCAGAUGAGCGCCGCGAGCUUCGACAAAAGCUCAGCGGACUGACCUUUACCAACGUGGUUGAGUUUUUCGAAACCCUACCCCGCGACAUGCUGCUGGUGAUGCGCACCAACAACCUGGUUCGCUCCAUCAACCAGGACCUCGGAGGCUCGUCUCUGGAGCGCUUUAGCAUUCUCGCGCGCUCCGGUAUGGUUGGCCUGUACUACGACGGGCCGAUUGGGCUCGACGGUCGUCCGCAACCAAUCCGUCGGCAUUUGGCCGCACGCAUUCAGCGGAGCAUUUCCCACCAGUUUGACCUGGCCAUGCUGUGGUUUGAGCUGCUCACUGCGCGUAUCAUCAUGUUUUGGUUCCAAGAUCCCGAUCGUGAGCGGUUGUGA